CUGGAUGAUACAGAGACAAGAGCCUGCUCGUGUCCUGGGCCGGCGUCCCGCAAGCGUGUGGACGCGUCUGUGGGAAAGACCACGGAAGUAGAAGAGAGUUUUCAAAGGGUCCUGGGAUUUAAGAAGAUGGCCGACAGGUGGCAGAAUUCACACACCCACUGUAUGUGGCAGACGCCGCUGGGCCAGAGGAGAAACCUGUAUGCUGCCCUAAGGACGCAGGACACCAGGGGACAGGAGUUGGCACUGGCCAACAAGCAGCUGCUGAUGGCCCGUCGAGCGGCCCUGCACCAGCUGCUUGAACAGGAGCAUCGGCAGUACCAGCAGGAACUGAAUCUGACGGGCAGAGCGUUUUACGUGGAGAGACUCUGACGGCGCCCGAAACAAAGCUGGCUCUUAACGGCUCGAAGGCAGACAUAUGGCUCGUUCUACGGCCCUGAAUCCCUAUUGGUUGCAAAAGUGUUUAGCUGUACCCGUGAUCUUAAAACAGCUUCCUGGGUUUUGCUCACUUGCCUCUCCGAUCUCACUUCCUCUCGUCUUUUCCGUCUUCCUGGACAAAUAGCUCUGAGUGUGGCUGUUCACCCAUGGGUGCCGUGGCGCUUGGCUGGCAGGAGGCCUGGGGUCCCAUGAUGAGACCUGGGACAGGUCUCUUUCCUCCGGACCCGAAUUCCCACCUCUGCAAAUUGACAGGGUUCCAAACUCCAGUGCAAUGAGGGGUGAGGCAGCUAUAAGGAAGUAAGGAGCAGCGAUUUAUGUGAAGCUGCUCAGAGCGUGUACGAUCUCACGGCCUUCAGAUUCUCAAGAAUUCUAAAAGGUACUGGUUGGUCACAUGCAUCUGUAGGCCACAGAGAACCUUACUUAUGAAGAUCUGCUUUGCAUAAAAUGACAUCACAAGCCAGAGAGACCCCCGUUGUGCAGCCGGUAACAGGUGCCAGGACAAACUGUCACCGCCAGGCCAGAACAACUUCCCGGUCCCCUCACCUGCUGUCAGCAUCCUCGUCGGCCACUUGUCCUGUCCACACGGAGCUUGUCCUGCCCUCUGCUCCGUGCGGCUGUGUGCGCUGCACAACUCUGGUCUCCCCGUCCCGCCGCCACCCCCUCCCCCCGUCUGGCUCCAACCCUCAGUGGGCAUUUCUCCCCUCCGACCCCAGAGCCCCCUCCUUUUCUCCCUGCACGCCCCACCGAUGGGCACAGAGAGAGAGGCAGCAGUAAUGGAGAAGGGUGUGGGCUUUGGAGUCAGGUGUGGGUUCUAAGUCUGGUGCCUCUUAAUUGUUGUCAGCUUGUGUAAGUUACUUCUCUGAGCCUCAGUUUCCUCUUCUGAAAAUGGGGACAGUGAUGCCCAUCUCAUAGGAUCAUUAUGAGGAUUAAAUAAAAUUUCAUAGCGAGCAA